AAACAUUGUUGCCUUUUGCCCUUUCUUUUAACUACGAAACCCAUCUUCCAUUUGUUAUCAUUACUGUAGUUCUUUUCUCAUAUUGUUAAGUUGGUAUUGCUCAGUUUAUAUCCUGUUUGUAUUAUUGCCUGCUUAGGCCAUGAAGAAUCUUAUUGUCAUGAAUAAGAGUUCUGUUCUUGUGUUUUUGCUUGUUGGGUUGUUUGUUUUGUGUGAAUGUGAAGAUGAAGACCAGUUCUUACCUGUAUCUCCAAUGGUGAAGAAAGAACAAGAGGCAUUAUACUCAGCUAUUCAAGGAUUUGUGGGGAAUUCAUGGAAUGGCUCGGAUCUUUACCCAGAUCCUUGUGGAUGGACACCUAUACAGGGAGUUUACUGUGAUCUGCUCGAUGGGUAUUGGCAUGUCACUGUUUUAAAUAUUGGUCUAGUUUUUGACAACUCUCUUCAAUGUAGCCCAAAUGCAAAGUUCACACAUCACCUGUUUGAGCUUAUUCACUUAAGAUCACUCUCAUUCUUCCAUUGUUUUUCCUCGCCUAGAGAUAACCCCAUUAGAAUCCCUUCCUCAAAUUGGGAAAGACUCUCAAACAGCCUAGAAUCCUUGGAGUUUAGAUCCAAUGGUGGUCUCAUUGGUACAAUUCCAGUCUCCAUUAGCUACCUUAAAAAGCUCCGAUCAUUAGUGUUACUAGAAAAUGGAUUAAUAGGAGACUUGCCUAUAGAAUUAGGGAACUUGGUGAAUUUAAAGCAACUUGUAUUGGCUGGAAACAAGUUUACUGGUCAAAUCCCACCAAGUUUAGGAGGGUUAACUGAGUUGUUAAUAAUGGAUUUAAGUAGAAACAGUCUAACAGGGACCUUGAUGUUGACUUUCGGGUGUAAUCUCACUUCAUUGCUGAAGUUGGACUUAAGCAACAACAAGUUGGAAGGAAAGAUACCUGAAGGGAUUGGAAGGUUAAAGAAUGCAACACUUUUGGACCUUGGCAGAAACAAGUUCUCAGGUGGGUUGAUACAGUCAUUUCAACGACUGGUUUCUUUAAAAGAGAUGGUGAUAUCAAAUAAUCCGCUUGGAGGUGAUCUCAUGGGUGUUGAAUGGGGAAAGUUGCAGAAUUUGGAGAUAUUGGAUCUUUCAAGUAUGGGGUUAACAGGUUUAGUACCAGAAUCCAUGGCAGGGAUGAAAAAGUUGAGAUAUUUGGGGCUAAAUGACAACAGUCUGACAGGAAAUCUUUCACCAAAGCUUGCAAGUCUUCCUUGUCUGAAUGCUCUUUAUGUUAAUGAUAAUAAUCUGACAGGGAAGCUUGAGUUUGCAGUAGGGUUUUAUAAGAAAAUGGGGAGAAAGUUCAGAGCUUGGAAUAAUUCAAAUCUUUGCUAUCAGCCUGAAAUGAUCCCAUCAUCAUCAUCAUCAAGCCAUGGUCUUAAUGGGGUUAAACUUUGUUAACAAGAAACACAAAGGAGAAAAAACAGUUCUAGUAAAACGGAUUUUAGAGGCUUUAUUUUCUCAGUUCAAUUUUUAGUGGAUAUAUUUUUUAAAAUUUCACCAUGUGGAUUUCCCCCCUUAAAUUAUUAAAUUAUCUCUUUGCCAGUCUACGAUAUAUAUUACAUGGCUUGUUAUUCAAA